CAAUAUAUUAUAUAGAGCGUGAACGGCACAGUUUAUAAGUUGUUUUGAUUACGGUUUGCUCUUAAAGUCUCUUUUCUUCACUCUCUGUCUUCGAAUUUAGGGUUGGUGAAUUUCUUCUCAGACUCAGAGGAAUCAAUGGAUGCCCUAGACUCCGUCAUUGAUCCAUUGAGAGAGUUCGCCAAGGACAGCACUCGUCUCGUCAAGAGAUGCCACAAGCCCGAUCAAAAAGAAUUCACCAAAGUCGCGUUCCGUGUUGCUAUCGGUUUCGUCGUCAUGGGUUUCGUUGGUUUUUUCGUGAAGCUGAUCUUCAUCCCUAUCAAUAACAUUAUCGUUGGUUCUGCAUAGGCUUUUUUGUGGAGGUGAAAUUUUUGAAGGAUGCAGACAGUUCAAAUUAGUGCGAAGUGGGUCGAAGAAAGCUUACAUCUAUAGUUUUAGGUUUUUUUUUAUUUAUUUAUUUAUUUUUAAUGUAUUAUUCCCUGUAGUUACAGACUACGGUGGUACCUUGAAAUCUGUGUCUCAAACUUAUUUAUUCUUUUUAUGAGAUUGCCAUAUCAUUGUAGCUUUCUAAAAUUAUUGUGGUGGUUUGCAACUUUAUUUGGCUAGA